AGUGGAAAACGUUCAACAAUGUCUGAUUUGAAGAAAUUAACUGCUGAGCUCGACUGCGAGUUGGAAUCAAUUUUGACUAAUUCCGAUGGAAGUGAUGAAGUCACGAUAUAUUUGAGAAAUUAUCUUCGAUAUUCAUUGCUUCGACGCUAUUUAAAGUGGUUACUUUGCAUUUCGAUUGUUAUCGCAAUUUUAUGUGCAUCAAUUUAUUACAUUCCGUUUUUAAAUUGGAAUGCAUCGGCCAUUGGACGGUUGGCACUCAUUAAACUUGUAUUACCGUAUUAUGAUUGGCAGCAUUUGUAUCGAUCGAGGUGUUUAAUCGAACAAGCUAAAGAAGACAAAUUUACAUACAAAGACGAGGCCAAAGGAUACUAUGAAUUUAAUAAGGAUAAAUGCGCCAUUUGUGAAAAAUUGAGUGGCAUCGAUAGAAUUUCCAGCACCACGUAUGCCACUUUACAAAGUGUCUAUUUGUCUCGCGAUAAUCCGGUGAUUAUAGAUGAUUCUCACGCCGUGUGGCCGAAUCAGCCUGAUGUAUCCGAGAAUUUUAUCGAAUUUUUAUUCGAUCUACCAGAUCUUAGAAACUCAAUUCCGUGUAACAUUGGAACCAAUCUCUUACAAGUUCGUUCUGGAAACUCGCCAAAGCUACAACAUCUCUUGCGUCAAAUGUCAAAAAUCGAUUCAAAAGGCUGGUUUUUACAUUUUCGUAAUUGUGAUUUUGAUGCUGUAAAAUCGAGUCGUUUAAUUUUCCCAUUAAAACACCGUCCAUAUUUCAUAUCAUCACAUUUACCACCAUUUCACACCAGUUGGAUUUUACUCUCAAAACACUACAACAUAUCUACCGAAAAGCAUUUACCCGUAAAGGACUUGGUGAUCGUUCUACAAAUGAGUGGAACACUAAGUGGUCGACUCACCGUUCGUCGUGAUUGUAAAGAAAUCUGUUCGGAUCAAAUGCUCAAAUUGAAUGCAGGCGAAUCAUUGGUAUUUAAUGCUCAAAUGUGGGAUUUUUAUUAUAUUCAUAACAUCAAUUCACAUGCCAACUUAACGAUUACUACAAUUCAUGAAAUUCAGAUUGAUUAAGAGUGAAAAAGAAGAAUUAUGAAGAAAAAAAACACAAUUUGAAUAUUCUUCUGAAGAUCAAUAAAGAAAAAUAAUAAUGAAAUGUCCCAUAAAAAAGGGAAAUAAUAAAAAAAAGAUUUGUUUUUAAACUUAACUAAAAUA